AUGAUAUAUACAUGUAUCAUACAUGAUCGAGAAGUGUCAGACCCUCCUAGUGACCUACAAACAACUGUCGUUUCCAGUCGCAACAUCACCAUUAAGUGGAACAGGCCUGUAAACACAUACAGUGAAGAAAACUACGGAUAUGUUAUACAGCUUAAAAAUGACAGUGAAUGUGUGAAAGAAGCUGUUUACAGAUGUUCCAACUGUCUUGGUACAUUUCAGCCUUUAGAGCUCAAGGGAAUGUGUAGCAGUGUAGUUCGAGACACAUUUUCAAAGACAAAAUCUGAACUGGAUGAUUUACAAACGUAUCAGUUUCUGAACCUUCAACCAGACACUGCUUACACUAUUAAUGUUGCAGCGGUUACAAACCUAGGGAGAGGAAACGCCGCUACAAUUGUUCAGACAACUUAUGAAGAAGCUCCACAGAGUCCCCCAUACAAUGUGGAAGUAAGUGAUAUUAGAACCACAUCAUUUAGAGUGUCCUGGAGAAUGGAUGAACCUAGACCUGGACAGACGAACUUCACAAUUACCGUAUUUGCUGAUAAACCAGCUGCAACAAAAGAAUUCUCAACAAAAGGUUUUGCCACAAGAAGCUACAUUGUUCAGGGUUUAGAAGAGUACUGGGGCUACAGUGUGACUGUGACAGCCGUUACAUCAGUAGGUGCUAAAACUUCUGAUGCAACGCUGCAAUACAGGACCCUACCUGCUGCUCCAGGAAAGGUUUCCAAUUUUGAGAUAACAGACGCUCCUGGUGGAAAUUAUACAAACAUGCAGAUUUCCUGGAAUGCCCCAGCUAUAUUGCAAAGGAAUGGUGUUAUAAAAGAUUAUAGCUUAAUUUUUUCUUCUUCAAAAAAUAUACCAGAGAAGAAGAUUUUGGCACAUACGUUCGUAGAAUUUCAUAUCUACACAGCAACUGUGGAUGUAAUACCAGGGGAGAUAUAUAGUGUUGAGGUUUAUGCUACAAAUGAACAAGACUUGAAAGGUGCAAGCACGACAAAAUUUGUUCAAGCACCUACAGCAGAAAAAUCUAGGACAGGCUCUGACUGUGACGGCGCCAAAAACUCGAUUAUUAUAGGCGUUGUACUAGGAGCAUUGCUUUUAAUUGUGUCUACAUAUGCUGGGUACGCGACACUUGUGAUCAGAAGAUAUAAAACGAAACAAGAGGUUCCCGAAUCAAGCAAGACAAGGACGAAACAGCGCAGAGGUCCAAUUUAUGGUAACGAAACGUUCAUGAUUGGCGAAACAGAAGAAAUUGAUUCCUCUGACCCCGCAGCAGUCAGACAUUCUGAAACAGAAUACACCAGACUGGAUGAAAAUACAAAAGAUGACAAGGGAACAUAUGAUAUUAUCCAAGCUAUGUAAAAUGGACGGCAAAUUCGUGACUAUACCUACAGGAAUGAGAACGCAUAUGGGGUCAAUCGUUACUUUACUGUCUGAUGUUUACUUUAUAUUUCUAGAUCGGAAGGCAAUUACUUUGACUUAGUUAAAUGAAGAUGGGGUUUGCUGCUUGAUAUCCCACGUUUUUUUAACCAGUCCGACUUGAAUGCAAAUUUCCAAGACCGAACAAUGUAUGCUGAUUUGUUAGAUAAACAGAUAACUUUGUUUGUCAAAAGCUGACAUCUGAUAUGUCUGUUAUUGAUAAUUGUCUUCUCUUCUCCAGAAGCGAGUUUUUGUAAGUAUGUGGUCAUCGCACAGAGGAGUGUAGCGCUUAAAAAUAUAACUUAUUUCUAUUUCACUGGAUAAAAGUAAAAACGAAAAAAUAAAUUCACACACUGCUUGCAACAGAGUUUUGUGCUAGAUAGUUUGAAAGCUAAAGUGCUAAAUU